CCGUCGCGCGCGCACCGUCGGUCGUCGGCGGCCAUAACGAGGCCGGCCGGUCGCAUUGCGCGACUAUCACAGUACCGCAGUCGUUUCGGUGUGUGUUGCUGAAACAGUCAGUGGUGGUGGGCGACGACGACGACGACGACAAAUCGGUAAUCUCAUCGAAACGACAGUUUUGGCGCGUGUGGCCGUGUACCGCGCGCGUUCGUUUCGCGAUUGGUCGUAGUGGCGGCGUCGGUAGCCGACAGUCGUUCUACAUUCUACAAUGCUCCGGGAGAUCAUAAAACGCGUGCACGCGGGAGCAGCUGCUGCCAAUAGUGGUUGAUACCUACGCUUUAAACAGUUAUCAUGUUUACCAGCUGCCGUCGUCGUUGAUUAUAAAUGCAAUACAAUAUAAUAUUUUUUGACGCAUUGCAAUAGUAUUAACGAUCGUUCGCUUUUCUCGAUCUAGUCGGCUUAACAGUAUUGCACUACUCGAGGGGGGAAUGUUGAAAUUUUCUCGUUUAAUUUCCAGUAUUGGGGGGUAUCGUAUAAAAAGAUAUUAGAAAAUAAUUUAUAAAAAUGAAUGUUAUAUAAUUAAAUUAAUUUAUAUUCUUUUUAACCAAAAAUGACUAAUAACAAAUACAUUUAAAACAAUUUGAUUACUGUUGGAUAAUCUUUAUUCGGAACCAUACAAUUUGUUGUGAAUUCAUUGAUCACCAUACUGAAUUCUGCAGUAUAUUGCGUAUAUUUAUAAUGUAAUGUUAUCUUGAGUUGUCGUGUAGGUACUCGUCUAUGUUUUCGUUUCCCGCCUCAAAAAUUAACAGUGCCAUCGCUUCGUCGUGUCUCAUACUAUUGUUUGCAUACUUGAUACGUAUGCCCCGAUCACUGACGAUGUAAUACAAACUUUACCGCGGUGCACUUAUGUAAACAACUACAUUUCAUCACGUGACACUUCAUCGGCCAUACACGAGUUGGUUGCAAAAUGUUGACACUAUCCGUAAGAAAUAGAAGCAAGUCUAAAAGAAUCCAGUCACCAAAAAUUGAUGAAUUGUUAGAAUCAGUUGGAUUAAUGAGACAUGUAGUCCCUAGAGAUGGCAAUAGUUUAUUCAGAUGUAUUUCACAAUGUGUGUUUCUAACCCAAAGUUGCCACAUGAUUGUACGACAACAACUUCUACAAUUUUCUACACUACAAACCAAAGAAUUUGUUCAGAUGACCCAGUUAUCAGUCGACAAAUAUGCAAACAAAAUUACUGAUACAAAAAUAGAUGGUGAAUUGUUGGAUAUGCGUGUGGCUGCUAAAAUAUAUAAAAUUAAUAUAUCAUUUUAUGUUGAUUCUCAUCCUUUUAUACCUCUAAAUAUUGAAACUCCAAAUGCAAUAAAAACUUUAAAUAUUUGUCUCAAUUAUGAAGGGACUUACGAUUUAGUUCUUGUCAAAGAGUCUGUUGUAAAUAUUUCAUUUUGUCAAGCAAUUAUAUAUGAAAUGUUGUACAACAAUGUUUUUAAACUAUCUGGUGUAGAUUUUGCUGUAAAAGAAAUGUUGUAUGAUAGAAAUUUACCAGCUUCAAGGUCAAGUGACCGGAUUAGUUUGGAAAAGAGAGCUACUUGUACAGAUAUGAAAGAGCUGCUUGAAUAUGGUAUUACUCCAUUCCCAUUUAAAGUGGCUAAAGCUUUGACACCUAAAUUAUACAGAAAUACAGAGUAUGAUAUUUGGUUGAAUAAUAAAAAAGAAAAAUUCUAUGGUAGAUGGAAUAAUUGGGAGUUUAAGGAAGGCAGCAAAUGUAUGGUUUCUAUUGGCACUCAGGGGUAUCAUUGUUAUAUUCAACGUAUUCAUGGUAAAAAUGAACCAGUUGAAGUAUAUGUAAAAGAUUUGGCUCAAAAAAUGUAUGUGGAAUAUGAUCAGUUAAAAUUAAUACCAGUUGAACAAAAUAUGGGAGAAUUGAUAGAGAAUCCUAUACAUAUGAAUCAAGUAUUUUCAACUAUAGUUGACUGUAACGAAUUUAUUUUUCGAGGUCCUGAACAAAGUGAAGCUUCCGUUCAGUAUUCAGGCUUUAAUCAUGGAUCAACAAUUCAUGGGAUCUUUUCUGGUCAAAUGUUUCAUCCAUCUUAUGUUCAACAGCAUCCAGCUCUGCCUAUGUCUCCUCUAAAUUUGACAAAUAAUGAAAAUGUAAUGCGUCCAUGGUAUAUAUCUACACCUCCUCCACUUUUAUCAAACAAUUUUCAUCCAUUUAAUGAACAAAUUAUACUAUUAGAACCACACUCCAAUUUAAAUAAAAAUUGUAUUUCGCCAAAUUUUAUGGAAACUUUGCCUAAGUCAAACUGUGGACCACAUGCUCAACCAAUACUUUCGCCAUUUUACUGUAAUCAUCAACCAUGUACACCGUAUAGUUGUGUGCAGUGCAACAAUGGGGAAGAAAGUGUGGCCAUGGAUUCUAAUCAUGCGUAUCAACCUUGGCUAGUGCCAGAGUUCGAUGAGCCUGCAGAUGAAUUGCACCAAUGAAUGAUUUUAAGGCUGAUUUAAUGUAACAAGGACUGAUAUUUAUUAAUGUAUAUGUGAUAAAAACUAACUUCUUAUUUAACUUAGAAGAUAUAUUAUUAUAAAAGGACAAUUUUUUUUUAGUUUUAUAUUGUUAUUUUUUUAUUCCUACAAGUUUGUUAUUAAAUUGUAAUUUUUAAAAAGACUUAUUUUGUAUACCUAAGUAUGGUUCCAUUAUUA